UUCUUUCGCAGAGUCAUGGCGUGUGGCGGGCUCAUGUCCGCUCCGGUGUGUCUCAUUGAAAAUGAUGAAAAUGGGAAGCUGUGUGUUAGGAAACAGGCCAAAGACAUUCUGGAUGGGAUAAAUGAGCCGGUAGUGGUAGUGUCUGUGGUGGGACUCUACCGUACGGGGAAAUCCUACCUUAUGAACCGCCUGGCAGGACAACAGUCCGGCUUUGCUCUUGGCAGCACUAUUGAAUCAAAGACCAAAGGCAUCUGGAUGUGGUGUGUCCCUCACCCCUAUAAAGAAGGACACACUCUGGUGCUGCUGGACACAGAGGGACUGGGUGACGUGGAGAAGGGGGAUGAGAAACAUGACACGUGGAUCUUCUGUCUGGCUGUUCUUCUCAGCAGCACUCUAGUGUACAACAGCUUAGGGGUCAUUGACAACAUGGCACUGGAAAAGCUACACUACGUUACAGAGCUGACGGAGAACAUUCGUGUGAAGGCAGAAGUGAGUCGAGACGAGGACGAGUCAGCAGAUUUCAUGCGUGUUUUCCCAUCGUUUGUCUGGGCUGUUCGUGACUUCACUCUGGAACUGAAAAUGGGGAAUGACCCAAUAACAUCAGAUGAGUAUCUGGAGAGCGCACUGAAACUCAAACCAGGUAACUCACCUCAGACUGAGAGGUUUAACCUGCCCCGCCGCUGUCUGCGUCAUUUCUUUGCGGUAAGAAAGUGCUUUGUGUUCCCUCGGCCAGCUAGUACGCAAAACAUGAGGAAAAUGGAGGAACUGGCCGAGGAAGAUCUGGAUUCAGAGUUCCUUGAGCAGGCAAAAACUUUUUGCCGUUACAUUUAUGACAACGCAGAUCCAAAAAUCGUCUGCGGAGGCCGUACAAUUACUGGAACAGCUCUGGGGAAUCUUGCUGAGGUUUACGUAGAGGCGAUCCGCAACGGGAAGGUUCCGUGCCUGGAGAACGCAGUCGUGUCUCUGGCUAAGAUCCAGAACGUCCGUGCAGUGGAACAGGCCCUGGAGUCCUACAUGACCGAGAUGCUUAGCAUGGCUCAGCUUCCUAUGGACCCUGCAGAUCUGUCCAACAUCCACACAGUCGCAGAGAAGAAAGCCAUUGAAGGUUUCAUCACCUUGUCCUUCAAUGACAAUGACCAGAUCUACCAACAAGAGCUCAUGAGGAAGAUUCAAAAUGAAUAUCAAGACAUGUGCCUGCAGAAUCAUCAAGCGUCUCACAUGCAGUGUGAGGCUGUUCUGCGUGAGGUGUUUGAUACACUGGAAAAAGGCAUUUCUGACGGAUUAUACCUGAAACCUGGAGGAUACCGUCAGUACAGAGACAUGCUGGCACAGCUGGCUGAGGAGUACAGAGCAAAGACAAAGUCACAAAUAAUGUGUGAGGAAGUGUUGAGUUUGCAUUUGAAAGCAAAGGAAGAGGUUGGAAAUAUGAUUCUACAAUCCGACGAAUGUCUCAGUGCAGCGGAACAGGAAAAAGAGGUGCAGAGAUUAAAGAAUGAGAUCUUAGAGCAGCGGCAAAGAGGCCUAGAGGAACAUAACAAGUUACAAGAGCAGGCGUUUAAAGACAUGCAGAGAACCCAUAAGGAGCAUGUUGAUCAGAUCUUUCAUCAGAUGGAGAGAGAACAAGAGAGAAUGAGGAGAGACAAUGAACGAGUCCUGGAAGCCAAACUGAGGGAGAAGGAAACUCUUAUACAGCAGGGCUUCCAGCAGGACGCUGCCCGGAUGCAGAGAGAGAUUGACGGCCUGAAAGCUGACAUGAAUAAACAGGAGACAUCCCAACCCUCCACGAUGAGCAAGGUUUUGGAUGGUAUCGGCACUGCGGCGGCUUUGUUCUUGCCAGGCUUCAUUCCUAAAGCAGCUGGGAUUGGUCUAUCCUGGCUCUCAAAACGUUUUUGAAAAUGGAUAUGCAUUAUUCUCACACACUCACCUAAACAUAGGCUAUAUGUAUUAUUCUCCAACACAGCUUGAAUUGUCCUGCAGUUACUUCUCAUUGCUCGUGAAAUUGAGUUGCUGUUCUCCUAAGUGACAUUCACAUUUAAAGCCCAGCUUAUUAACUGCCAAGCUUGCACCAACAUGUUAAGAACAAUAAACAAAGCCGUGCUAUCAGA